UGUGAAGGUUGUGGGUGUGUUCAGUGUGGGUGCGGAGGUGGCAAUGGAAUGGUGCACGAGAUUGGUGGAAUUAGCUUACGCUGACGGGUAUGAAAGGUGUACGGCCACAUAGAAGGGUCAAAGUCCUCAUUAACCCUAAGGGUGGGCCGGGAAAGGCAAAGCAGGCAUUCGAGAAACGAGUCAAGCCUAUUUUCGAUGCGGCGAAAUGCCUUUUGGACGUUCAAUACACAACGAAACGCUUCCAUGCGCAGGAAAUAGCAGCGUCGAUGUCCCUGGACUACGACGCCAUCGCUUCACUUUCUGGUGAUGGUCUCCCACACGAAAUCAUCAAUGGGAUUGCAUCUAGGACGGAUGACUCUGUCCACGCAUUGCGAACUGUACCAGUAGUACCGAUUCCUACUGGAUCUGCGAAUGGGUUUAAUUUGAAUUUACAAGGGAUGAAGGGUUGCUUUGAUGUUGGAUUGGCGGCAUUGAAUGUGAUCAAAGGGAAGCCGAUGCAUCUAGACAUGUGUUCGGUCACACAAGGAACGAAGCGUAGUUGGUCGUUUUUCACGCAAGCUGCGGGACUCAUGUCCGACCUGGACGUUGGGACGGAACACUUAAGAUGGAUGGGAGACAGCCGAUUCAUCUACGGGUAUCUGCGCGGAUUGAUUGCUAAGAAACCAUGUCCCAUCAAAGUCUCGAUGAAAGUCGUUGAAUCUGACAAGCAGAAACUCUUGGAAAGGAUUCGAGAACACAAAAUGGGCACUAGGCCAGUUGAUGUUGAACAACCCACAGAGGAUCCCCCAUCGUUAUCAUUGUCAUCGUUGCCGGAGGACAAGUACGCCAAUGAAAGUCCAGAUGGAGGUCACUCUGACUGGGUAGUAUUCGACAAGCCUAUUCUCUAUCUUUAUUCUGGUACACAACCCUACGUCGCGCGCGACUUGUUGCAAUUCCCUGCCGCUAGACCGGCAGAUGGAUUACUUGAUGUGGUCAUACAAGAAGUGACUGACCGGGCAUCACUAUUGGGAGCUCUGAACGGUGCAGAGUAUGGUCAUGCCUUCUUUAUGAAGACUCAACACUACUUCAAAGUGAAAGCGCUUCGAGUAGAGCCAAUUAGUUCCUCCAAAAAGUCGCUCUUCUCUAUCGAUGGUGAAAAGUUUCCUUGGGAACCGCUUUACAUCGAGCCGCACAAAGCAUUAUUCACCACUCUUAGCUUACACGGGGACUUCAUUCAAGAUUUUAGGGAAACAACAUUUCAAAAGUAGUUAAGAAAGAUUAAUUGGCGCGUAGUAGUUUAUUUUAUAGUUCCAUUUGUUUGAGGCCAGCGCAUCAGGGUCACGGAUGAAAUCUAA